AUGUCGUCUUCCUCAGUAAAAUCAUAUUCAUCGGCUCUAGACCCUCUCAACAAGGCAUGGAAAACUCCACUCCUCUUCUCCACCGUGAAACCCAUCAGCUCCCUAAUCUCUCUCUUUCUCAAAGCAGGUCUUGCUCUUUCAACAGUCUUCUUCUUCUCCCUUCUCCUCCGCCUCUCCAUUUCCCAUUACGGCCAACCCUACAAUAGCACCACAACCUUCAACCACAUGCUCCAUACUCAACGAACACAACAUGAGCCGACCAACAUCGGCCACAUCGUGUUUGGCAUUGGCGGCUCAGCCGCCACGUGGCACACUCGGCGCCACUACACCGAGCUCUGGUGGCGUCCAGGAGCCACCAGAGGCUUUGUCUGGCUAGACCAAAAUCCGUCAGAUACUGACCCGUGGCCAGAGACCUCGCCUCCCUACAAGAUCUCUGACAACACGUCAUCCUUUAAAUACACGUGUCCAUACGGAACGCGGUCUGCGAUUCGCAUGGCAAGGAUAGUGAAGGAGAGCUUCGAGCUGGGUUUGGAGAAUGUGAGGUGGUUUGUGAUGGGUGAUGACGACACGGUGUUCUUCCCCGACAACCUCGCAACGGUUUUAUCCAAGUACGAUCACAAUCAAAUGUACUACAUUGGUGGGAACUCUGAGAGCGUGGAGCAGGAUUUGGUACAUUUUUAUACCAUGGCUUAUGGUGGUGGCGGCAUCGCCAUUAGCUACCCUUUGGCGGAGGAGCUUGUGACGAUCUUGGACGGGUGCAUUGAUCGGUAUGCGCAUCUUUUUGGGUCUGAUCAAAAGAUUCAGAGUUGCAUCAGCGAGAUAGGGGUUGAGAUUACCAAAGAACCUGGUUUUCAUCAGGUUGAUAUUCGUGGGAACCCAUAUGGGUUAUUGGCAGCACACCCAGUGGCACCAUUGGUGUCACUCCACCACCUUGACUACGUAGAUCCAAUAUUCCCAAACAUGAACAGAUCCGAUUCCAUUCAAAAGCUUGUGACAACAUACAAAGCGGAUCCGGGCCGGACUCUCCAAAAGAGCUUCUGUUACGACCCACUUCGAAACUGGUCAGUCUCGGUUUCAUGGGGAUACAGCGUGGAACUUUAUCCUUCUUUGGUUACUACCAAGGUUUUGGAAAUGGCGUUUGGGACGUUCAAAACUUGGAGUAGUUGGAGAAGUGGGCCUUUUACAUUAAAUACCCGACCCGUUAUCAACGACCCGUGUGAGAUGCCCUUGGUGUAUUCUUUGGAUAGCGUUGGAAACGCCGGUUUCGGAGAGACCCGGUCAAGGUACAGGAAAAAUUUGCUAAGAGAGUGUCAGCGCGAGGAGUACAAGGAGGCUCUGGGUGUUCAACACAUUGACGUUUUGGCCUCACGGUUUACACCAGAGAUGUGGAUAAAGGCACCACGUAGACAAUGUUGCGAGGUAAUGAAUGAUGGAGGCAGCAGAACGAAAGAUGGCUUGCCAGACUCUAUUGGAAAACAAUCUGGUAAAGUUACUACAUAUUACGACAAUUUGAAGUCUUAUGCAAAAAGUGUUAAUAUACAUGAAAUAAAAUUUGAAGAUGAGAAACAAACAGAUUCAGAAUUUCAAGCCAAAUUAGAAUCAAAUAUAGAACAAUUAGAAAGUUCAAAGUCGGAAAUUAAAGAUCAAGCGUCUGAUCAAGUACAAAUUCAAAUCCAUAGUUCCAUAGUGGAACUAGCAACAAUAUUAGUCCAUCCAAAACAUUCCAAAUUUCAAAUAAGCAACAACAAUCAAGCAAAUCAAGAAAUGAAAAAUCUAGAUCUACAAUUGGAGCUUCCAAGUCUAGAACCAACUGACCUAGAUGCAGGAACAAGAUCUCUGAACGACCACAAUCCUAAUAAGUGGGGAAUAGAAGCCGAAGAAGAAGACAACAUCCACGGCGGCUGA